CGCCUGAAGACAAACGUUCUGGACAUCUCGCGACCCCGCUAUGAUUCUAAGUACACCCCAUAUCGCGACGACGACGACGAGUCGACGAGCAACGACGACCAUGCUGAAGCUGAACGAUGGGAGCGCGAAGAGCAGCAAGUGGGUGUAAGCUGUGCGACACCGCUUACAUAGACCCUUAUGCGCAGGCAAGACGACACCCUCGGCUACAUCUCUGGAACGCUCUCAACACUGGCCUCUCAAGCGGGGUUGAUCGGGCAGGAGGUAACGGAGCAUAGCGAAAUGCUGGACGAGCUGUCGACACGGGUCGACUCUACACAGUCGCGACUGUCAAGAGUUACCAGGACAAUGACAGACUUUCUCCGCAAGAAUGAAGACACUCGCAGCUCAUGGUGCAUCGCCAUCCUCAUCCUUAUCCUCAUCAUUCUCUUGAUACUCGUGAUCCUGUUAUAAUCAUUCUAUGAGGAUUGUGAAGUUGUUCCUUGUCGCUCCAUCGUUGAGUAUCCGCUUUCGCCGGAACUGCGAGAUAUCCCUUGUAGCCACAUCCCAUCGGAACAACCAGUAUGCCACUUUGCCGUGGGGCCGCCAAUGCUCUUGCUCCAGUUUGAAGCCUAAGGAAGUGACGAGCUGU